AUGUCUGCUCCCGAAAGCGCAGACGACGCCUUGGCUCAUUCUCUGCUCGCGGCUGCGUCGUCGGGCGACACGGCCAGCGUCGAGUCGCUCCUCGCCGGAGGAUGUGACCCUUGCUUCCAAGAGGACGAGGGUGGCUGCUCGCCGCUGAUGCUCGCCGCCGCGGCCGGCCAUGCGCCGAUCGUCCGAGCGCUGCUGGCGGCCGGCGCGCCGUGGAACGCGGUCGACCGGCGCGGCCGCUGCGCGGGCAACCACGCGCUCGAUGCGGGCCAGCAGGCCAUCGUCGACCUCCUCGUCGACGAGGCUGUGCGCGCGGAGCUCCUCCUCGGGGCGGCAGAGCGGCGCACGCUCACGGCGCUCAAGAACUCGGAGUACCUCUCGCGCGGCGUCAAGUACGACGGCGACCGGCUGAUCGACGAAGGCGACGAUGCCGUCAUGAUGGAGUGGGAGACGCCUCUGAUGGAGGCGCACGCCGAGCGCCUCUGCGCGGCCGGCGCCGGCGGCGCGGACGUGCUCAACGUGGGGUUUGGGAUGGGCAUCAUCGACUCGGCCAUCCAGAGGCGUCGCCCGCGCUCGCACACCAUCAUCGAGGCGCACCCGGCCGUGCACGCGCGGAUGGUGCGAGACGGGUGGACGGCGCGCCCUGGCGUUCGCGUGCUCUUUGGCCGCUGGCAGGACGUGCUCCCAGGGCUGGAGGAGGCGAGCUUUGACGCCGCGUACUACGACACGUACGGCGAGCACGACGCCGACAUGGCCGACUUCCACGAGCAGCUGCCGCGGCUGCUGCGCGCGGGAGGCGUCUACUCUUUCUUCAACGGGAUGUGCCCGUUCAACGUCUUCUUCCAGGGCGUCGCCUGCGCCGUCGUGCAGCUCGAGCUCAAGGCGCUCGGCCUGGAGACCUCCUUCACGCCGGUCGCCGUCCACACCGGGCCCGAGGCGCAGUGGACAGACAUCAGGCGCAGGUACUUUCUCUCCGACACCUACUAUCUCCCGCACUGC